AUGUCAACUCAUCAUCCGACCGAAAUCCCGCUGGAAACCAGACGAAGCAGAAGCAGAGCAGCAUCGCCGCCACCAGGUUACCAUCGCACCGCAGCAGGACGCUUACAUGUCAAUCCACCACCUGGGUUGUCUGUGCCUGCGCCUGCAGCAUCCUCGAGUUCGAUCACAUUGGAAGACUUGUUGCGAGCUCAGCAGCAACAAAAUCUUCUGCUUCAGCAACAGUUGACGCUUCUCCAAGAACAGCGAGUCAGUUCGCAGCAGUACACAGAUCCACUCGAUGUGCUGAGCCUUGUUGAUCCCGAUCUGAAGCCAGUUUUGGGUGACUGGAUGAAGGAGUAUAAAUCCACGCUCCAACACCAUGUCAACCAAGCGGAUCUGCAGCAAAAAUACUUGGACAUCGAGAAUGCAGGCGAACUUCAGAGAUCCUUUGAAGAUGAGGCCUCGAAGGAGUGGCAGUGGCCCCAAGCUUUCAAAGCAAAUGCCAAAAAGCUCAUGGAAUGUGUCCCAGUUCUUGGUGAGGGACAAGAGGACAGACUUGCUAUGCAAGAUGAUAAUACGCUACCCUUUGACAUUUCUGAAGCUUACAAGGCAAUGCGGAGACGGCACGCCAGGGAAUGCCAGAAUUUCAUCGUCGCCUACCAGAGACAAUGCUCAAAGUUCUUCAAGGACGAAGCCCGCCAAGAUGUUCAGCUGCAGAAGCUCUCAGACAAGAUCAAAACAUGGUUUGAGCGCUACGAUGGUAUCUUUAGUGCUUCUGCUCAGGCAUCUAUGGAGGCACACGCUCACACCUUCGCUCAGCUCACCUUCAGGAAAGAACUCCCAAAGGCUAGAGCUAAGCAGGAACAUGACCGUGAGCAGAAAGCCAAGCAAAAAGAUGCUCUAACAAAGGCCGAGGCGGAAUUCCGCUUGAUGGGUGUGAACAAGCUCUUGGCGAUGGCAGUGCUUGAAUUUGCAAGCUUACCAUCCAAGGGCACAGCAGCUAAGCAUCAGAGAGUUCCAAGCACAAGUGCACUUGCUUUCCUUGUCAAACAACACCCAGAUGUCGCCGAGAAACACAACCUCAUUGUUCAGAACAACCCGAAACAGCCUUCAGCUAAGCCAAAGCCAAAGCCGAAGCCCACGAGAACCUCUACUCGGUUCAUCGAGUCGUUCGAGAGCCUCUUCAAAGGCCUCCUCACGGACAUCAUCGAAGAGUUCAAGGCCAUCGCAUCGCCAAGGACCUACCAGAUCUUGACUAUCAGUCAGAAGACCGAGGCUUCUGUCCCAGUGACAGCUGAGCUUUGCCAACAAGCCAUGUUUCACGCCAAGGCCACCUUUGACAGUUUGAUCAUGCAAGCUGCGUCCGAAAAUCUGAUUCCAGCUUUCGUCAGGGAUUUCAUGACCAGCAAGUUCACGUCGUCAACCGUGGGUUCUUUCAGAAUCAGAGUAAAGAUACACAAAGAGCCAAUGAAUGCCCGCCCUGUGAUGAAUCUGUCGCGGUCGUGGCUUGGCCCUAUCGCUACCUUCCUCACCGUGGCUUUGACCCCGGCGACGAAGGAUGCCAGGCAUGUUGUUCAAUCCAGCUGGCAAUUGCAGAUGUCUUUAGCACAGCUUUCCGUACCAGACGGGUUUGAGUUGUGCACAUUGGACAUUCGAAACCUCUAUCCGAGUAUCGACCAUUGCCACUUCAUGCUGAAGUUUUCUGAACGCGUCAGGCGGUAUUGGCGAAAGAAGCCAAGCUUUGCAAACUUUCUUGUGCGUCUUACCGGAGCACUCCUCGCCUUUCAGUUCAUCACCUUCGAGGGUAGUUUGUGGCAAAUCAGAUCUGGUUUUGCAACAGGAUUGCAAGCCGGAGUGGUUCUCGCAAACGUGUAUCUAGCCGAGCUCGAUGAUGCUCUUCAAGCCCAUUGCGUUGACAUUGCUUGCCCUUUGGCGCUGUGUUGGUUCAGAUUCAUCGACGAUGGCCUUGCCAUAGUCAAGUGCGGCAUGUCUGAUCAUAUCAAGUUCUUCCUGAACAGCUGGCAUCCUAAAAUCCAGUGGGAUUGCACUGCAGUGGGGCAGGCAGUUCCGUAUCUGGACCUUCGUAUUUCAGUAGCUGACUGUGGUUUUCGCUUCGCCACGUUUCGCAAGGAGCAGAACUCAUACAGCUAUUUGCCGAGAAGCAGCUGUCAUCCCAAAUCAGUUUUCUCUGCCUUGAUCUCUGGCGAAGCCGUUCGCCUCUUCAGGCAAAAUUCGCAAAACCCAUGCACACUCUCGCAGGAGCUCGAUUUCUUCGUGGAUCGAUUGGGCAGGCGUGGCUACAACAAAGACGAAGCUCGCAGGCUGAUCAGAUGCACCUUGCGGAAGUUGCGUGACCGAGUGUCAGCAAAACUGCAGGCCAAACGUAAGCUUUGCUUUUUCAAGCAGGUCUACACUAGUUCCUUGAACAUCAAAACGAUCAAAGCAGCAGUCAAACGGGACUGGCACACUGUGCAGAGGCUCUUGCCGUUCCGAUGCGAUGUUCUGCUUAGUUUUCGAAUUCAACACAAUGAUUUUCGACGAAACUAUGCCACCACAUGGCUGAAAUCAGCCAGGAAGGUCAAUAUCCCAGAGCAGGGUUGA